AGUUAAUGCAUAUAUUGAGUAAUGUGCAAAUAUAUUUAUAGUGAUAAUUCAGAAUCUUCAAGUGAUUGAUUAUAAUAUGACAUAAUUGUUAGUCAAGUGCCAUUACAAGUGUCAUGCAGUUGAAGAUAAUCAUGUUGUACAAUGAUGAAUGACACAUGUAGUAACAUAUAAGACAAGUAAUUAGAUUAGUAGGAUAAGUAGAAGAGAGAACAAUGUCAGUUCCUUCCUGCUCAACAAGUAAAGGACUGGAAACUACUAAGGAAGAAGUAGUAUACGGAAAAUGGGAACGUUUUACUAAUUGGGUGCAUUGUAUAUGCAUUGUUACUUUCGAUCUUGAGUUAGGUCAAGCUAUAGAGGCGAUUUAUCCAAAUCAUGUUAAAUUAUCGGAACAAGAGAGAUCUAAUGUUUGUUACUUAGCCUUUCCCGAUUCCAAUUCUGGAUGUAUGGGAGAUACUCAGUAUCAUGUAAGAAUAAGACAAAGUAGUAAAACGAUGCAAGAAACUAAUGCUCUCAAGGAAUAUGACAGGAAAUCACCUACUUUUCUACAAACUGAUAGAGAUUAUUACUGGGGAUACGUAUAUUUCCGACAAGUGAAGGAUAAAUCGUUGCCAAGAGGAUAUUUUCAAAAGAGUGUUGUUAUAAUUACAAAACUGCCAUUUGUCAAUCUAUUCGGUGAAUUAUGUGCUUUGAUCGCACCGGAAUUUUUUGAGGCUGGAAUAGCGCUAAUGGAAGCUGUGGUGCGCGAGAUUGAUCACUGGCCUCCUCCAGUUCCAGGUCAAAUAGUUCAUUUACCUCUUAUCGGAGUAUUAUUUCAGACGUAUAUUCCAAAUCAAAAUUACAAAGCCACUGUUCCAACGAUUGCUGCCAUGGAGCAUACAACCAACGUGCACGCAACACGAAGAUUGAUCCUGACAUCAGCUUAUGAGGGCGACAUGUUUCGAAGUUUAGCCAGUGUUGUUAGUUAUGUGCAUUUAUUAUGGGAAUUAGUGCUUCUUAGUGAACCAAUUGUUGUGAUGGCUAGUUCACCGACUACAUGCUCCGAGAUGGUUCAAGCACUUGUAGCCAUGAUCGCGCCAUUGAAGUAUUGUGCGGAUCAUCGACCGUAUUUCACUAUUCACGAUUCGGAAUUCAAGGAGUACACCACCGAUUCUCCGGCGCCGCCUGCUGUGAUUCUGGGCGUGACGAAUCCAUUCUUCGCAAAGACGCUGCAGCACUGGCCGCAUAUCAUCCGGAUAAGCAACGGCAACAAUAGCGAAGAUCAGAAAUAUAAAAUCAAGAGAUCUGAAAAUCUGAAGGUGUUGGACUCGAAGCCUGGCGUUUACACUCAGUACAAAUCUUUCCUGCAGAAAGACAAAACUAUAUUGAAGAAAUUGUUCAGGGGUAUUCAAACAAAACGGCCGGGCGAAGUGCAAACCGCGCUCUUGAAACGUCAUCUGAUAGAACUCACGGAAAGCUUUAUGAUUCCGCUUGAGAGAUACAUCGCGACCCUUAUGCCGUUGCAAAAGAACAUAUCACCUUUUAAGGCAACUCCUUCACCACAAAUGUUCAAUCCAGAUGACUUCCUAGCUAGUUUAAGUAGCUCCGGUCCUCAGUUAACUACAGGUAUAAAAGGCGAUUGGGUAGGACUCUAUAAACGAUUCUUUCGAUCACCGAAUUUCUCCGGAUGGUUUCAUACAAGAUAUAUGGAGUUGAGUCAACAGUUGCAAGUUAAACAGUUAGAGAAAUUAUCACAGGCGGAUUUAAAAACGUGGGUGCAAGGAAAGCAAGAGGUGGAAGUGGUCGAUAUGAUCCUUAGAAUUCGCCAGAAGUUGGAGAAAAGUUGCAUUGAAGACGUACCAAUCAAUAAUUCGGUAAGAGAGAAACUGCGAGAGAGAAUAAAUGACAUUACGCAUGUAUUACCGGAUGAUUUAAAAGUGAUUUUAAGACAUGAAUCUUGACGGUACGAGUACGUUAUCAAUUACAAAACUCGCUAGCGUUAUAAUUUGUUUCUAAGAGCCCGGAACAUAUUUAAAUCAACUCAAAAAGACGUAAUAUAUAAGAUAAUUUAAAUGCUCCCUCUAUAACGUAAAUGAACGAACGGGAAAGUUAUAGUUUAAGUACAUUGAGUGUACAAUGAGUUACGUUAAAAGAGAUGAUGUUGUUAUACGUACUUUAAUCUAUAACUCGAAAUACUCGCCACGAAAUUAACAGGCUGAUGAAGUAAAUCCUUUGUAUGACAAAAAUUAAUCGUGGAAACAUUAUCUUAUGUGUUUAAGCAUAUCCUUAACCCUUUGAACAGUGUCUAGUGUGGCCGGAACUCAACUGGUGAUAACGAACACGGUAUUUUUUCGCAUUGAACUUAAAUAUCAAGAAAUCGCAUG